AUGUUUGGUAACACUUUACUUGAAGUGUUCUUGGGACUCUACUCCGCAGUAUCAAUCCUUUAGAUACACAGAAGCCAGAACUAACCGGGUACUAUUAAGUGGAGUGUAUAGGCUUUGGGCAGGUCUGUCUGUCAUUGGAACAACUUCGGUGCAAACACAGUUAGUUUUCUCUUCAUUCAGUCAUUUUCAAGGUGAAGGGCCAGAUGUUCUGUCGUGAAAGUGAAAGUGAAGUUCCAUUGUCACAGUUUCUCAACAAACCUCCAUUCAAGAGAUUUAUAGAAGGGCACAGUUUACUUUCUUUUAACCAAAUAACAUUUUAAUAAACAUUUCAUAAGCAGUAACAAAGGCAAGAGAUAUGUUAUGGAACGUUUUACAAUUUAUAUGAGAAAGUAUCUUAGGUUGCAUGUAAGGUGGAAUAUACUCCUAUAUAUUUGGUCUUUUAAAGAGUAACCUUCAUGUAAAAAAAAAAUAUAUAUAUAUACAGUACCAGUCAAAGGUUUGGACACACCUACUAAUUCCAGGGUUUUUCUUUAUUUUUUACUAUUUUCUACAUUGUAGAGUAAUAGUGAAGACAUCAAAACUAUGAAAUAACACAUAUGGAAUCAUGUCGUAACCAAAAAAGUGUUAAACAAAUUUUAUAUUUGAUAUUCUUCAAAUAGCAAUCUCUCAACCAGCUUCACCUGGAAUGCUUUUCCAACAGUCUUGAAGGAGUUCCCACAUAUGCUUAGCACUUGUUGGCUGCUUUUCCUUCACUCUGCCGUCCGACUCAUCCCAAACCAUCUCAAUUGGGUUGAGGUCAGGGGAUUGUGGAGGCCAGGUCAUCUGAUGCAGCACACCAUCACUCUCCUUCUUGGUAAAAUAGCCCUUACACAGCCUGGAGGUGUGUUGGGUCAUUGUCCUGUUGAAAAACAAAUGAUAGUCCCACUAAGCCCAAACCAGAUGAGAUGGCGUAUCGCUGCAGAAUGCUGUGGUAGCCAUGCUGGUUAAGUGUUUUUAACACCACAAUAAAGAGAUUACAGAGAUGGAGACAAAAAAAUGAUCAACCUCCGGAUGAGUAUGAGGGGGGAGUUUAAGUACAAUUAUUACAAGCUUGUUUGGCUGGUAGCUUAUUCUUUUGAUGUUUGGGGCUGCUGGUGAACAAUGAUGUGCAGGCAUAAUCAAAGUGACACUGGAUUAGCGCACUUGCCAGCCUUUAGGGUGACUAUAGCUAGGUUUCCAUCCAAUUGGCGACAGAUUUUCAAGUGAAUAUUCGAAAAGAUUAUGGAACAUUGCUGCGGGGGACUUUCAUUCAGCCACAAGAGCAUUAAUGAGGUCGGGCACUGAUGUUGGGCGAUUAGGCCUGGCUCGCAGUCGGCGUUCCAAUUCAUCCCAAAGGUGUUCAAUGGGGUUGAGCUCAGGGCUCUGUGCAGGCCAGUCAAGUUCUUCCACACCGAUCUCAACAAACUUCGCUUUGUGCAUGGUGGCAUUGUCAUGCUGAAACAGGAAAGGGCCUUCCACAAACUUUUGCCACAAAGUUGGAAGCACAGAAUUGUCUAGAAUGUCAUUGUAUGCUGUAGCGUUAAGAUUUCCCUUCACUGGAACUAAGGGGCCUAGCACGAACCAUGAAAAACAGCCCCAGACCAUUAUUCCUCCUCCACCAAACUUUACAGUUGGCACUAUGCAUUGGGGCAGGUAGCGUUCUUCUGGCAUCUGCCAAACCCAGAUUCGUGCGUUGGACUGCCAGAUGGUGAAGUGUGAUUCAUCACUCUAGAGAACGCAUUUCCACUGCUCCUGAGUCCAAUGCUUUACACCACUCCAACCGACGCUUGGCAUUGCACAUGGUGACGCUUGGCAUUGCACUUGUGUGCGGCUGCUUGGCCAUGGAAACCCAUUUCAUGACGCUCCCGACGAACAGUUCUUGUGCUGACGUUGCUUCCAGAGGCAGUUUGGAACUCGGUAGUGAGUGUUGCAACCGAGGACAGAUGAUUUUUAUGCGCCUGUUAGCAACGGGUGUGGCUGAAAUAGCUGAAAUAACCAAAUCCACUAAAGGGGUGUCUACAUACUUUGUAUAUAUACUGUCUGUCUGUCUGUCUGUCUAUAUAGACACUGAAAAAUUUUUUUUACGCAACAUGUAAAGUGUUGAUCCCAUGUUUCAUGAGCUGAAAUAAAAGUUCCCAGAAAUGUUCCAUACGUACAAAAAGCGUAUUUCUCUCAAAUUGUGUGCACAAAUCUGUUUACAUCCCUGUUAGUAAGCAUUUGUCCUUUGCCAAGAUAAACCAUCCACCUGACAGGUGUGGCAUAUCAAGAAGCUGAUUAAACGGCAUGAUCAUUACACAGGUGCACCUUGUGCUGGGGACAAUAAAAGGCCACUCUAAAAUGUGCAGUUUUGUCACACAACACAAUGCCACAGAUGUCUACAGAUGUCUGAGGUUUUGAGGGAGUGUGCAAUUGGCAUGCUGACUGCAGGAAUGUCCACCAGAGCGGUUGACAGUGAAUUGAAUGUUAAUUUCUCUACCAUAAGCCGCCAACGUCGUUUUAGAGAAUUUGGCCGUACGUCCAACAGGCCUCAGAACCACAGACCACGUGUAUGGCGUUGUGUGGGCGAGUGACCCAUGAUGGCGGUGGGGUUAUUGUCUGGGCAGGCAUAAGCUAUGGACAACGAACACAAUUGCAUUUGAUCUAUGUCCAUUUGAAUGCACAAAAAUACAGUUACGAGAUCCUGAGGCCCUUUUUUUUUUUUUUCAAAGGUAUCUGUGACCAACGGAUGCAUAUCUGUAUUUUCUCAGUCAUGUGAAAUCCAUAGAUCAGGGCCUAAUGAAUUUAUUUAAAUUGACUGAUUUCCUCAUAUGAACUGUAACAUCAAUGAAAUUGUUUCAUGUUACGUUUAUAUAUUUGUUCAGUAUAUACAGUACCAGUCAAAAGUUUGGACACACCUACUCAUUCAAGGGUUUUUCUUUAUUUUUACUAUUUUCUACAUUGUAGAAUAAUAGUGAAGACCGACAGCCAACAAGUGCUCAGCAUAUGUGGGAACUCCUUCAAGAUGUUGGAAAAGUAUUCCAGGUGAAGGUGGUUGAGAGAAUGCCAAGAGUGUGCAAAGCUGUCAUCAAGGCAAAGUUUGGCUACUUUGAAGUAUCUCAAAUAUAAAAUAUAUUUUGAUUUAACACUUUUUGGGGUACUACAUGAUUCCAAAUGUGUUACUUCAUAGUUGUGAUGUCUUCACUAUUAUUCUACAAUGUAGAAAAUAGUAAAAAAUUAAGAAAAACCCUGGAAUGAGUAGGUGUGUCCAAACUUUUGACUGGUACUGUGUAUAUAUAUAUAUAUAUAUAUAUAUAUAUAUAUAUAUAUAUAUAUAUAUAUAUAUAUAUAUAUAUAUAUAUAUAGUAUCUCACAAAAGUGAGUACACCCCUCACAUUUGUGUAAAUAUUUGAGUAUAUAUUUUAAUGUGACAACACUGAAGAAAUGACACUUUGCUACAAUGUAAAGUAGUGAGUGUACAGCUUGUAUAACAGUGUAAAUUUGCUGUCCCCUCAGAAUAACUCAACACACAGCCAUUCAUGUCUAAACCGCUGGCAACAAAAGUGAGUACACCCCUAAGUGAAAAUGUUCAAAUUGGGCCCAAUUAGCCAUUUUCCCUCCCCGGUGUCAUGUGACUCGUUAGUGUUACAAGGUCUCAGGUGUGAAUGGGGAGCAGGUGUGUUAAAUUUGGUGUCAUCGCUCUCACACUCCCUCAUACUGGUCACUGGAAGUUCAACAUGGCACCUCAUGGCAAAGAACUCUCUGAGGAUCUGAAAAAAAUCAUUGUUGCUCUACAUAAAGAUGGCCUGGGCUAUAAGAAGAUUGCCAAGACCCUGAAACUGAGCUGCAGCACGGUGGCCAAGACCAUACAGCGAUUUAACAGGACAGGUUCCACUCAGAACAGGCCUCGCCAUGGUCGACCAAAGAAGUUGAGUGCACGUGCUCAGCGUCAUAUCCAGAGGUUGUCUUUGGGAAAUAGACGUAUGAGUGCUGCCAGCAUUGCUGCAGAGGUUGAAGGGGUGGGGGGUCAGCCUGUCAGUGCUCAGAACAUACGCCGCACACUGCAUCUAAUUGGUCUGCAUGGCUGUCGUCCCAGAAGGAAGCCUCUUCUAAAGAUGAUGCACAAGAAAGCCUGCAAACAGUUUGCUGAAGACAAGCAGACUAAGGUAAUGGAUUACUGCAACCAUGUCCUGUGGUCUGAUGAGACCAAGAUACAAUUAUUUGGUUCAGAUGGUGUCAAGCGUGUGUGGCGGCAACCAGGUGAGGAGUACAAAGACAAGUGUGUCUUGCCUACAGUCAAGCAUGGUGGUGGGAGUGUCAUGGUCUGGGGCUGCAUGAGUGCUGCCGGCACUGCGGAGCUACAGUUUCAUUGAGGGAACCAUGAAUGCCAACAUGUACUGUGACAUACUGAAGCGGAGCAUGAUCCCCUCCCUUCGGAGACUGGGCUGCAGGGCACUAUUCCAACAUGAUAACGACCCCAAACACACCUCCAAGACGACCACUGCCUUGCUAAAGAAGCGGAGGGUAAAAGUGAUGGACUGGCCGAGCAUGUCCCCAGACCUAAACCCUAUUGAGCAUCUGUGGGCCAUCCUCAAACGGAAGGUGGAGGAGUGCAAGGUCUCUAACAUCCACCAGCUCUGUGAUGCCGUCAUGGAGGAGUGGAAGAGGACUCCAGUGGCAACCUGUGAAGCUCUGGUGAACUCCAUGCCCAAGAGGGUUAAGGCAGUGCUGGAAAAUGAUGGUGGCCACACAAAAUAUUGACACUUUGGGUCCAAUUUGGACAUUUUCACUUAGGGGUGUACUCACUUUUGUUGCCAGCAGUUUAGACAUUAAUGGCUGUGUGUUGAGUAAUUUUGAGGGGACAGCAAAUUUACACUGUUACACAAGCUGUACACUCGCUACUUUACAUUGUAGCAAAGUGUAAUUUCUUCAGUGUUGUCACAUGAAAAGAUAUACUCAAAUAUUAACAAAAAUGUGAGGGGUGUACUAACUUUUGUGAGAUACUGUAUAUCCUAUAUAAAUGAAGAUAAGCUUAGGCCUAACCCCAGAGAGAUAGAGAUAUGCCGGUGGCAUGCUACGAAACCGACAUGCAUUUCUCAGAUGGCUACUGCGUCUGCUAUACAGAUAUAGACAUACACAGGAGGGUAAUUAAUUAAUUUUAAAUCCGAAUAAUUUGUAUAAAGAUAAGCAUUAUAUUGUUAGAUUAUAGUAGUAACUCUGGUAGGCCUGAAACAGUCUUCCUCAGCUUAAGUUCAACUGUCGGAGUCAGUUGGAGCUCAGGGGCACACUGCCUUCAUAUCAUAGGCCUGCUAAAGCUUAAUAAUUGCCACACCAUACCAAACGUUUCUAAACUUUUUAUUAGGGUAAUAUCAAAAGUAAGUCAAGCCAUUGUUUAUAGGGAAAAUACGAGCAGAAGAGCAAAUGUACACCAGGGAAAAAACGUACUACCCUCCCCUGUGCCCCCCCCCCCCCCCCCCCCCCCCCCCAAAAAAAAACAACAACACACAACCAACCUCAAAGCAAAAAAAUACGUUUUACAACCCUCCCCUAUUUUGGACCACCCCUUCAACACAGUAAAUGUUGAUCUGUCCUUAACGUCAUCCAUUGGAAUGCAUCAAUCUCGUAGAAGACAGUUGUUUAAGAAUAUGACUACAUUAGUUAUUGUAGCCACAGCGUGCAAGAAUUUAUUCUACAUGAAUGCACUUACUCUUGUUUUGCAUUGUGAUAUUUUUGCAUUGAAGUAUUGAUGGCCUCGAGAAGCUGCACACAGUAUGUUUUCAUACAGCUUAGCUAGGGUACAGUACACUCAAGGGCCAUUCACUUGUUCUUGUGGGACUUUAAGUUCAUGACACUCACAGCAGACAAGCAGGCUGGCAGAAACACGCGCGCUCCUCGCGCACAUGCGCACAGUCACCCACAAUUUUGUGUCUCUUGUCCCACUGCUCUAUUCAUGGCUUGACCUUGACCGUCUGUCUGCCUCUUCUUCCAUAUAUCCAUCCAUCCCUCAGGGUUCUGGCUGGGGAUCGAGCUGGACAAGCCCAGCGGGAAGAACGAUGGCUCGGUCGGCGGGGUUAACUACUUCAGCUGCCCUCCCAAACACGGUGUCUUUGCCCCUCCAUCACGUGUACAGAGGUAGGUGCAUACCCCCUGGGCUAAAUAACAACAUAAAAAAUCUGUCUCUCUAUUUCUCACAUUUAGAAAUUGGUUUAGAGAAAAAAUUAACCAAACCAAAGGCGCAUCUGGUGAAUGUCGCUGGAGGUAGUAACGUUUCAUUACAUUUACAUUUUAGUCAUUUAGCAGAUGCUCUUAUCCAGAGCGACUUACAGUUGGUGAGUGCAAACAUUUUUCAUACUGAUAUAUUGUAAAUGUAAUUGCAUCACUUCCAAUCCCCCAUAUUACUAGGGCUGGCACAAUUACCGUAUAACUGUGUAACUGACGGUUAGGGAUGAAGACUGUCAUGAAAAUAAAAUAACAGCCAUAUGUGGAACGAACAGCUCACUCAGGCAUUCGUGUGGUUGAGUCUGUUCCUGCUGUAACAUGGACUCUUAACAACGUAAUGAAACUAGAAAUAGAAUGAAUAGAACAGGCUUGGAAUCUCUAACCCUGGAAAUUUGACUGGUAAACUCAUGGGCACACUCACAAUGGCUGCCUGGUAUUGUAAUGCAAUAAUUUCCAUGGUAAUGUAGAAUGUUCAUUAAAAUUAUAUUAAUGCAUGGAAUGUAUUUUUUGUAAUGUCAGUUGAGUUGAAUCAACAAAUCACAGUACAUAUUAAUGGGUACACUUCCUGCUUUUAAUUCCUUCUUUGCUCCUAUGGGUACGCUCGCAAUGGCCUCCAGUCCACCCAUUAUGACAUCAUUGACUUCAAUGGGGACGCCCGUUCUAUUCAUUCUAUUUCUAUGGCAGCACAUGCACGUGGUAGUGGAGGAGAAGAGAAAUGGUUAUCAGUCAUUUGGCUGGCCAAUAGCCAUCAUCCAAAAUUCCAUGACCGUCACAGCCCUAUUCAUUACACUCAUCAAUAUUUGGAAGGCACUAACGAGCCAGUUCUCGACAAUGCCAUUUGUGAGAGCUGUUGGAAUAUUUCAUUUUCACUUUCUUGUGGACACUGCAAACAGUCCAGAUUGGUGAUUUACUAGACUACGGGUGUCAAACAGGGACAGGAAGCUUACGGCCUAUUCACAACCAAGCCAUCUGGGCUGUGUUCAUUAGGCUCUAAACGGACGAAAACUGACGAAACAGGGAAGGCCAAAGGGCUACCUGGGCUGGUCUGUCUGUUACAAAUAUAUACAGUCUGGGGUGAAGUUUGCCCUAGGUACAGAUCUAGGAUCAGCUUCUCCUUCCCCAAUCCUUCCUUACCUGAACCAUUAGUGGGGGAAAUGCUAAACUAACCCAAGGUCAGCAUCUAAGGGCAACUUCACCCUACACUAAUAUUAUAGACAUGACGAUAGUUUUUCCCCCCCUCUUUUCUUCAUCAAUACAAUAUUCCUGAAUGACGUUUGGGACCUCAGCUGAGAACUCCAUUCCCUAAAUGGUCACCAGAUGGCGCCGCAAUCAGUUCACUAGUUUUCUUGCAAAAAGGGUUUUUAAUUUAUUAGCAUUAUCCAAUAGGCACUUUUUGAAAUGACCUCCAAGAAAUUCCACAAAGUUGUCAACAGUGACACUCAAAUCACAGAGAAUGAUUAAUUAUGACCACUUCCUUCCGUUGACCUUUGUUUUGGAGGUUUUCAGAACAGGCAGAGAAAGCGUGCUGGACACUAAGAAAGUCCAGGGAGUUCUCCUAACCUGUGCUACGAAAAGUCACUUGUGCUGGUCAAAACUGGCAAACCUGCCCUGAGAACAGUCUUGGUUUCCACUAAUGCGAUACAGCCCCAGGUUCACGUAUCAUCCAAGCAGCCCAGCUACAGCACAAGUUGGCUAGCUGGACAGCGAACUAAUUUUACCUUGACAACAUUGACCCUCAACAAACUUAUUUUGUUCAAUUAUCUCAGCCAUGUUCACAAUUAAAUUCAAGAUAGAUUAACUAUCUAACAGGCAUGAGCUCAGACCGGCUACAACCGUUCAUUUUGUUGCAUCAAAUCGACCUCUCCACUGUAGCUAGCUAGCUAGUUAGCUAUGUUAGCUAAUCAAACCAAUGCUCAAAUUACAUACAAUAGCAUAAUGCCGCGACAGUUUCAUCAAACAAAGUAGAAUGUUAUACAGUGGGGGAAAAAAAGUAUCUCCCAAAAGAUGAGAGGCCUGUAAUUUUCAUCAUAGGUACACGUCAACUAUGACAGACAAAUUGAGAAAAAAAAAUCCAGAAAAUCACAUUGUAGGAUUUUUAAUGAAUUUAUUUGCAAAUUAUGGUGGAAAAUAAGUAUUUGGUCACCUACAAACAAGCAAGAUUUCUGGCUCUCACAGACCUGUAACUUCUUUAAGAGGCUCCUCUGUCCUCAUUUUACAUUACAUUUACAUUUUAGUCAUUUAGCAGACGCUCUUAUCCAGAGCGACUUACAGUUAGUGAAUACAUAUUUUUUUAUACUGGCCCCCCGUGGGAAACGAACCCACAACCCUGGCGUUGCAAACGCCAUGCUCUAUCAACUGAGCUACAUCCCUGCCGGCCAUUCCCUCCCCUACCCUGGACGACGCUGGGCCAAUUGUGCGCCGCCCAUGAGUCUCCCGGUCGCGGCCGGCUGCGACAGAGCCUGGAUUCGAACCAGGAUCUCUAGUGGCACAGUUAGCACUGCGAUGCAGUGUCUUAGACCACUGCGCCACUCAGGAGACAGCUGAGCAGUCCUCCACUCGUUACCUGUAUUAAUGGCACCUGUUUGAACUUGUUAUCAGUAUAAAAGACACCUGUCCACAACCUCAAACAGUCACACUCCAAACUCCACUAUGGCCAAGACCAAAGAGCUGUCAAAGGACACCAGAAACAAAAUUGUAGACCUGCACCAGGCUGGGAAGACUGAAUCUGCAAUAGGUAAGCAGCUUGGUUUGAAGAAAUCAACUGUGGGAGCAAUUAUUAGGAAAUGGAAGACAUACAAGACCACUGAUAAUCUCCCUCGAUCUGGGGCUCCACGCAAGAUCUCACCCCGUGGGGUCAAAAUGAUCACAAGAACGGUGAGCAAAAAUCCCAGAACCACACGGGGGGACCUAGUGAAUGACCUGCAGAGAGCUGGGACCAAAGUAACAAAGCCUACCAUCAGUAACACACCACGCCGCCAGGGACUCAAAUCCUGCAGUGCCAGACGUGUCCCCCUGCUUAAGCCAGUACAUGUCCAGGCCCGUUUGAAGUUUGCUAGAGUGCAUUUGGAUCAUCCAGAAGAGGAUUGGGAGAAUGUCAGAUGAAACCAAAAUAGAACUUUUUGGUAAAAACUCAACUCGUCGUGUUUGGAGGACAAAGAAUGCUGAGUUGCAUCCAAAGAACCCCAUACCUACUGUGAAGCAUGGGGGUGGAAACAUCAUGCUUUGGGGCUGUUUUUCUGCAAAGGGACCAGGACGACUGAUCCGUGUAAAGGAAAGAAUGAAUGGGGCCAUGUAUCGUGAGAUUUAGAGUGAAAACCUCCUUCCAUCAGCAAGGGCAUUGAAGAUGAAACGUGGCUGGGUCUUUCAGCAUGACAAUGAUCCCAAACACACCGCUCGGGCAAUGAAGGAGUGGCUUCGUAAGAAGCAUUUCAAGGUCCUGGAGUGGCCUAGCCAGUCUCCAGAUCUCAACCCCAUAGAAAAUCUUUGGAGGGAGUUGAAAGUCCGUAUUGCCCAGAGACAGCCCCAAAACAUCACUGCUCUAGAGGAGAUCUGCAUGGAGGAAUGGGCCAAAAUACCAGCAACAGUGUGUGAAAACCUUGUGAAGACUUACAGAAAACGUUUGACCUGUGUCAUUGCCAACAAAGGGUAUAUAACAAAGUAUUGAGAAACUUUUGUUAUUGACCAAAUACUUAUUUUCCACCAUAAUUUGCAAAUAAAUUCAUAAAAAAUCCUACAAUGUAAUUUUUUUCUCAUUUUGUCUGUAAUAGUUGACGUGUACCUAUGAUGAAAAUUACAGGCCUCUCUCAUCUUUUUAAGUGGGAGAACUUGCACAAUUGGUGGCUGACUAAAUACUUUUUUCCCCCACUGUAGCUAUGUCUAUUAUUACCUUGAUCGUCAGUAUUAGCUAAUCUUUGCCCAUAUCUCCAAUGUUAUUUUGAGUAACCCCAAAUAAUACGUGUCCAGGCAAUGUUGUUCUGCACUAAGAUGGCUGUUGACUUAGCCUGACUUAUCCUGACCUCUGACAAUUGUGUAAUUCAUAAACAACUUAGCUAUUGAAAUGCAAGCAGCAGGUGAUGAGACCAGUUACAGAAAGUAUUACAAUACCAAAACAUAACAAUAUUUCACUCAAGUCAACCUUAACAACAUGAUUGUAAUAAAAUCAUCAGUACUAUUCAUAUUGACCUACUGGACCUCCUUAGCACAAACAAACAAGAAUAUGAAACAAAGAUUAUUCACUUUAUUUUAAAUGAUGAUGUAAGGGUGUAUUAAUCACACAUUGUUAAAUGUGGUAGCUGCAAGCUGUCUGUGUUUACAUCCCUCUCAGUCCAAUCACCAAAGACGGCUAUAGUAGAGGGAGAGAGAUUACAAGAGAAAAGGGUUGGGGGACUAGGUGGAGGUUCAGAUCUCAUGGAGAGUUACCCUCCUGUAGCUUAUCAACCAGCAAGUUAUUAGAAUCAGGUUCACUAGAUUAGGGUUGGAGAACACCUACAAGACGGUAACUCUCCAGGAGAGCCCUGUCUGGAUCUUGCAUCGAGUCUGUUGAUUCCAUCUCGAUCUGGUCAUCCUCAUCGUGGUACUCCAGCCCUCUGUGGCCUGAUUGGUGUCACACUUCUUCCUCAGCCCCAGCUAACACACCUGAUUAAAAUAAUUGCAUUCCGAGGACCAGAGUUGUCCAUCUCUAUGAUGACUGCCACCAUGAUCACCUGAAAAACAUAAAUAGUGUCGCAAUUACUUUGUUUGCAAACUGUAGCAACACUGAAACUUCUUAAAAACUAAGCAAUGCUCUCAUAUCUAACCUACAUGCUUGUGGUCAGCAAAGAAACAAACAGGUACACGUAACAAACAUUCAUUGAAGUAUAGUCAUUGUGUUCACAGAGUUGGAACAUGUCUACAUACGGUAGCCAGUAAGAGGUGAGGUGGGGAAUGUGAGUAGUCUAGAUGGAACAUCAUUUCUUAAUCAUGGUCCUGGGGACCCAAAGGGGUACACAUUUUUGUCCUAGCACUACACAGUGUGUUGAUGAUUUGUGUGUGAUUUGAAAAAGGUGUGUAGUGCUAAAGCAGUAUAUUUUCCUCCACUGUCCCUGUCACUCACUGGGCUCGAACCAGUGAGCCUCUGCUCGGAAAUACACUUGACCAUCCUCCUUGACAAUGUACUAUCGGUUUGAGACACCCAAAAGGUACCAAUUGGAUGGCUCCAUCUGUGACAUUUCAAGCUAGCUGUGGAUUGAGCUUACUGCACUUUAUUAAAUAAUAAGUAUUUUUUUUACAACCAAAUCUCUAUUUUUUUGUGAUUUUUGAGAAACCCAAACAGCAAAUCACUUCCUCAUCCUCUUUGUGUAGUAUGGGGGCCCCAACAAAGCAUGAACAAAGUCUCCAAAAACAUCCAAAUACGUCCUUUUUAGAAACGGCAAAGCUCUCAGUGUAGUGAUGCAGGUCUUUAGAUGUUGUACACAUUAAAUUGUGUCAUUCUGAACUAUAAAGUUGUGGAUGAAGUUCGGAAUGACACAAUUUCAUGGGUACAACAUCUAAAGACCUACAUCACUAUACUGAGAGUGUCAGUUUCUAAAAGGACAUAUUUGUUUUUGUUUUUUUGCUUUUGUUCAUGUCUUUAGUGUGCCCUGGUACCUCACAACGAGCAAUGAGGAAGUGAAGAAGCGGCUGGGGUAAGUUUCUCAAAAACAAGCCAAAUCACAAAAAAAGUGAUAAAAUUUGGUGAUAAAACAGAACUUCUCCUUUAACUCUGUUACACGUUUGUAUGUGAUCAUGCAUUAGUGUACAGUAUGUCUGUCAUUCCUCUCGUGACCCACCUGCCCUCGGCACCACUCAUGCAUGUCGCCUCUCUCUUAGACCAUCGUACUGUACUUGUACUCCUCAGUCUUGCCUUCAUCGUUCUUCACUGAGACGAGGUGGUGGUAUUGGGGGGUUGCCCACGGUCUCAUUCUUCCGAGGCAUUUCUCUCCAGAGGAACACUGAGGGGGGGAGGGAUGGUCUUAUCAGGAAGGUAUACUAGUAUAAAUACUGGUAUUCUGGUUAGAAAUGGGGUGCUUGUCGAGGCAAAUAAUGCAUUACUAAACCUUCUAAAAAAGAGAUUGAGGAGAUGUUAAGACAUUGAGGAGCUGAGGGGAGGAUACUCACUUGUACAUUGAGAUGAAGCCAUAGGUGGAGUUGACUCUACGUCUCCUAGUUGAACAUCUCACUGGCAUCCCAGCCAUUAGACUAACAGAGAGAGAUGCAAGGGAAUUAUGGUUAGUGUGUGUGUGUGUGUGUGUGUGUGUGUGUCACAUUGUGUGUCUCACUGUCUGUCACCAGAGUGGUAUAUCACAACGCAAGCUAGAUCUACUCAGGCUUUUAUAAUCUAGCCAGCUUCAGUUAGCUUCACAUUCCAGCUCAGGCUUCAUCCGUACUACAACGGUGGAUAUUGCUCACCCUCCCGCCUCCCGCUAAUUCUAGCAGGCUUCUAACUGAGCGUGCAAGUCACACAUGGCUAGUCGAACGCCAAACUCUUCAUUGAGACAAUGUUGAAACAUCAAUCCUUGGGUGAGUCAGUGCCACUUUUUAGUUUGUGCCGAAAUCAAAAUGAAAGGCAACGUAUCUUGCAAAUUCAUUAUGCUAUGGUGGGAAAUAGGCUUUUAGAAGUGUUGACUUUAUCUUAUGAAUUAUCGUUAAUGCUGUCUUUGGUGUGCUUAUCAAUGCACAUGCACCUUUUUCCCACUCCUAUCGCUCCUUGUGGAACAGCUUGUUGCGUUGUGGCCAUUGCAUAUACAGUGCUUUCAGGAAGUAUUCACACCCCUUGACUUUUUCCACAUUUUGUUGUGUUACUGGCUGAAUUUAAAAUGGAUUCAAUUAAGAUUUUUUUUGUCACUGGUCUACACACAAUAUCCCAUAAUGUCAGUGGAAUAAGGUUUUACUUUCUUUUAAACAAAUUAGUUAAUAAAAACUGAAAUGUCUUGAGUCAAUAAGUAUUCAACCUCUUUUGUUAUGGCAAGCCUAAAUAAGUUCAUGAGUAAAAUUUGCUUAACAAGUCACAUAAUGAGUUGCAUGGACUCACUCUGUGUUCAAUAAUAGUGUUUAACAUGAUUUUUGAAUGACUACCUCAUCUCUGUACAUUUUACAUUACAUUUUACAUUUUAGUCAUUUAGCAGACGCUCUUAUCCAGAGCGACUUACAUGAGCAAUUAGGGUUAAGUGCCUUGCUUAAGGGCACAUCGACAGAUUUUUCACCUAGUCUGCUCGGGGAUUAGAACCAGCGACCUUUCGGUUACUGGCACAACGCUCUUACCCACUAAGCUACCUGCCGCCCUCUGUACCCCACACAUACAAAUUAUCUGUAAGGUCCCUCAGUCGAACAGUGAAUUUCAAACACAGAUUCAACCAGAAAGACCAGGGAGGUUUUCCAAUGCCUCGCAAAGAAGGGCACCUAAAGGGUAGAUGGGUAAAGAUAAAAAAAGCUGAAUAUCCCUUUGAGCAUAGUGAAGUUAUUAAUUACACUUUGGAUGGUUUAUCAAAACACCCAGUCACUACAAAGAUACAGGCGUCCUUCCUAACUCAGUUGCCGGAGAGUAAGGAAACCGCUCAGGGAUUUCACCAUGAGGCCAAUGGUGACAUUUAAACCGUUACAGAGUUGAAUGGCUAUGAUAUAACACUGAGGAUGGAUCAACAACAUUGUAGGUACUCCACAAUACUAACCUAAUUGACAGAGUGAAAAGAAAAAAGCCUAUACAGAAUAAAAAAUAUUCCAAAAGAUGCAUCCUGUUUGCAACAAGGCACUAAAGUAAUAUUGGCUUAAAUGUGGCAAAACAAUUAACUUUUUGUCCUGAAUACAAAGUCUUAUGUUUGGGGCACAGUGGUGGCUGCAUCAUGUGAUGGGUAUGCUUGUAAUCAUUAAGGACUAGGGAGUUUUUCCAGGAUAAAAAAAGAAACGGAAUGGAGCUAAGCACAGGCAAAAUCCUAGAGUAAAACCUGGUUCAGUGUGCUUUCCUGGGAGAUUAAUUCACCUUUCAGCAGGACAGUAAACUAAAACACAAGGCCAAAUCUACACUGGAGGUACUUACCAAGAGGACAAUGAAUGUUCCUAAGUGGCUGAGUUACAGUUUUGACUUAAAUCUACUUGAAAACCUAUGGCAAGACAUUACAAUUGUCUAGCAAUGAUCAACAACCAAUUUGACAGAGCUUGAAUAAUUUUUUAAGAAUAAUGGGCCAAUGUUGCACAAUCCAGGUGUAGAAAGCUCUUACAGACAUACCCAGAAAGACACACAGCUGUAAUCACUGCCAAGGUGCUUUUGCAAAGUAUUGACUCAGGGGUGUGAAUCCUUAUGUGAAUGAGAUAUUUCUGUAUUUAAUAUUCAUAGAUUUGCUAACAUUUCUAAAAACAUAAUUUCACUUUGUCAUUAUGGUGUUUUGUGUGUAGAUGGGUGAGGAAAAAAUAUAUAUUUAAUCAAUUUUAAAUUCAUGCUGUAACACAACAAAAUGUGGAAUAAGUCGAGGGAUAUGAAUACUUUCUGAAGACACUGUAAUCCAUAGAAGGGUUUUGGAACCUCUAACCCUGUCAAUUUGACUGUUAAACUCAUGGGUACCUUGGUAAUGGCUGCCAGUCUUGACUUGAAUGGGAACUACCAUCUAUGGAUUAUAUGUCUAUGCUUGGUUGGUUUCAGUUUGCCUUUCGCAAAUUUCAAAAUACAAUAGUGCGAGAAAUGUACCGUUUGGGAAGCAAAUGCUGUCCUUACUAAAUGUGUAAUGUGAUAGGUAUUUAAAAAAUGUUUUUACAUACAAAACCUUUGUUUAUUAAAAUAUUUUAUCAGUCUUCCUCAAAUGAAGGGGAUUGUGACAAUCUUUGCGAGAGGGGGGGUAUCUGAUUUCACUGGUCCUCAACUCGUGGCUCAGACGAAUAAUUCUGGAUAAAUGGAGUUAGCACUGAUUUAGCCUGCAUGUUAGUUCUGAAGGAUUCGUUGCCAUAGAAAUGUACCUGGCCACUUUCAUGGUACCGGUUAUCCCGGGUUGAACUCAUAGUUGACCAAAGUUACCUUGCUAACUCCUCAAACCUGAUUCUUAGUAUAGGGCUCAGGACGAAGCCCUCUCUGUUGCCAUCUCCUCUGUCCCACUGCCUACAGCACUGUGCUCCCAGUUCACCCCCAACAAGCUGAUCACUGUGUCUGUGAAUGCAUCCCCACACAAACACAAACACAAACACACACACACACACACACACACAGAGAGAGGAGACAUAACACUAACACUAUCUACAAACAAUUAACAAACCAAUCAGUAAUUAGGAAUUGAAGAUUCAUCGUAAUCUCAAGUCCCCUGUAGCUCAGUUGGUAGAGCAUGGCACUUGCAACGCCAGGGUUGUGGGUUCGUUUCCCACGGGGAGCCAGUAUGAAAAUGUAUGCACUCACUAACUGUAAGUCGCUCUGGAUAAGAGCGUCUGCUAAAUGACUAAAAUGUAAAUGUAAUGAGAUGGUAAGUGAGUACUGAAUGACUCCAGGGGUUAAAGCAACAACAACAAAAAUUCUCAUGACUGAAACUUGUCUGGGGCCAAGUUAACCUUCCCUUUCAUGUAAGAAAGUCAUGAUCAUCAUGCUUUUAGGGAAAGAGGAUAGUUUUGUACAUGUAUUAAACUGAGUGUUUGGCCAAUUUCAGUCCCUUUGCUUAGUGGGCCCAAGAAGCUCAGUUCUGGUGACUUUUUAAAAGGACAGCCUACUCCAAAAUGAAUGAAAAUAAAAUUAUGCUGGCACCAUCUAAAAUAGAAUUUCCUACUCCAGAAAUGAGCCCAAAAACAUAUUGGUACUAUUUAUAUAGCCGAAUUCAUGGUCUAUUAUCAGAAGUGGUAUUAGCAUUAAGCAUUAUUACCUGUAGACCAAACUGAUGAUGUAAGUCGCUCUGGAUAAGAGCGUCUGCUAAAUGAUAUAAAUGUAAUGCAGCAUAGUAGCUAUAAAAUGUACAUACAGUUGAAGUCGAAAGUUUACAUAAACUUAGGUUGGAGUCAUUAAAACUUGUUUUUCAACCACUCCACAAAUUUCUUUUUAACAAACUAUCGUUUUGGCAAGUCGGUUAGGACAUAUACUUUGCAUGACACAAGUAAUUUUUCCAACAAUUGUUUACAGACAGAUUAUUUCACUUAUAUUCACUGUAUCACAAUUCCAGUGGGUCAGAAGUUUACAUACACUAAGUUGACUGUGCCUUUAAACAGCUUGGAAAAUUCCAGAAAAUGAUGUCAUGGCUUUAGAAGCUUCUGAUACGUUAAUUGACAUAAUUUGAGUCAAUUGGAGGUGUACCUAUGGAUGUAUUUUAAGGCUUACCUUCAAACUCAGUGCCUCUUUGCUUGACAUCAUGGGAAGAUCAAAAGAAAGCAGCCAAGACCUCAGAAAAAAAUUGGUAGACCUCCACAAGUCUGGUUCAUCCUUGGGAGCAAUUUCCAAACGCCUGAAGGUACCACGUUCAUUUGUACAAACAAUAGUACGCAAGUAUAAACACCAUUGGACCACGCAGCCGUCAUACCGCUCAGGAAGGAGACAAAUGUACUUUGGUGCAAAAAGUGCAAAUCAAUCCCAGAACAACAGCAAAGGACCUUGUGAAGAUGCUGGAGGAAACAGGUACAAAAGUAUCUACAGUGGGGGGAAAAAAGUAUUGAGUCAGCCACCAAUUGUGCAAGUUCUCCCACUUAAAAAGAUGAGAGAGGCCUGUAAUUUUCAUCAUAGGUACACGUCAACUAUGACAGACAAAUUGAGAAGAAAUAAAUCCAGAAAAUCACAUUGUAGGAUUUUUAAUGAAUUUAUUUGCAAAUUAUGGUGGAAAAUAAGUAUUUGGUCACCUACAGACAAGCAAGAUUUCUGGCUCUCACAGACCUGUAAUUUCUUCUUUAAGAGGCUCCUCUGUCCUCCACUCUUUACCUGUAUUAAUGGCACCUGUUUGAACUUGUUAUCAGUAUAAAAGACACCUGUCCACAACCUCAAACAGUCACACUCCAAACUCCACUAUGGCCAAGACCAAAGAGCUGUCAAAGGACACCAGAAACAAAAUUGUAGACCUGCACUAGGCUGGGAAGACUGAAUCUGCAAUAGGUAAGCAGCUUGGUUUGAAGAAAUCAACUGUGGGAGCAAUUAUUAGGAAAUUGAAGACAUACAAGACCACUGAUAAUCUCCCUCGAUCUGGGGCUCCACGCAAGAUCUAACCCCGUGGGGUCAAAAUGAUCACAAGAACGGUGAGCAAAAAUCCUAGAACCACACGGGGGGACCUAGUGAAUGACCUGCAGAGAGCAGGGACCAAAGUAACAAAGCCUACCAUAAGUAACACACUACGCCGCCAGGGACUCAAAUCCUGCAGUGCCAGACGUGUCCCCCUGCUUAAGCCAGUACAUGUCCAGGCCCGUCUGAAGUUUGUUAGAGUGCAUUUGGAUGAUCCAGAAGAGAAUUGGGAGAAUGUCAGAUGAAACCAAAAUAGAACUUUUUGGUAAAAACUCAACUCGUCGUGUUUGGAGGACAAAGAAUGCUGAGUUGCAUCCAAAGAACACCAUACCUACUGUGAAGCAUGGGGGUGGAAACAUCAUGCUUUGGGGCUGUUUUUCUGCAAAGGGACCAGGACGACUGAUCCGUGUAAAGGAAAGAAUGAAUGGGGCCAUGUAUCGUGAGAUUUUGAGUGAAAACCUCCUUCCAUCAGCAAGGGCAUUGAAGAUGAAACGUGGCUGGGUCUUUCAGCAUGACAAUGAUCCCAAACACACCGCCCGGGGAAUGAAGGAGUGGCUUCGUAAGAAGCAUUUCAAGGUCCUGGAGUGGCCUAGCCAGUCUCCAGAUCUCAACCCCAUAGAAAAUCUUUGGAGGGAGUUGAAAGUCCAUGUUGCCCAGCGACAGCCCCAAAACAUCACUGCUCUAGAGGAGAUCUGCAUGGAGGAAUGGGCCAAAAUACCAGCAACAGUUUCUGAAAACCUUGUGAAGACUUACAGAAAACGUUUGACCUGUGUCAUUGCCAACAAAGGGUAUAUAACAAUGUAAAAUGUAUAAAAUGAAAAAAAAAGAACAAAGUAUUGAGAAACUUUUGUUAUUGACCAAAUACUUAUUUUCCACCAUAAUUUGCAAAUAAAUUCAUUAAAAAUCCUACAAUGUGAUUUUCUGGAGAAAAAAAAUCUCUUUUUGUCUGUCAUAGUUGACGUGUACCUAUGAUGAAAAUUACAGGCCUCUCUCAUCUUUUUAAGUCGGAGAAGUUGCACAAUUGGUGGCUGACUAAAUACUUUUUUUCCCCACUGUAUAUCCACAGUAAAACGAGUCCCAUUUACAUUUUAGUCAUUUAGCAGAUGCUCUUAUCCAGAGCAAUUUACAGUUAGUGAGUGCAUACAUUUUCAUACUGGCCCCCCGUGGGAAACGAACCCACAACCCUGGCGUUGCAAGCACCAUGCUCUAUCAACUGAGCUACAGGGGACAUAACCUAAAAAGACUAUGGUUACUACAGACUACGGUUACUACAGACUACGGUUACUACAGACUACGGUUACUACAGACUACGGUUACUACAGACUACGGUUUGCAACUGCACAUGGGGACAAAGAUCGUACUUUUUGGAGAAAUGUCCUCUGGUCUGAUGCAACAAAAAAUAGAACUGUUUGGCCAUAAUGACCAUCGUUAUGUUUGGAGGAAAAGAUGGGUGCCUUGCAAGCCGAAGAUCACCAUCCCAACCGUGAAGCCCGGGGGUGGCAGCAUCAUGCUGUGGGGGUGCUUUGCUGCAGGAGGGACUGUUGCACUUCACAAAAUAGAUGGCAUCAUGAGGAAGGAAAAUUAUGUGGAUAUAUUGAAGCAACAUCUCAAGACAUCAGUCAGGAAGUUAAAGCUUGGUCACAAAUGGGUCUUCCAAAUGGACAAUGACCCCAAGCAUACUUCCAAAGUUGUGGCAAAAUGGCUUAAGGACAACAAAGUCAAGGUAUUGGAGUGGCCAUCACAAAGCCCUGACCUCAAUCCUAUAGAACAUUUGUGGGCCAAACUGAAAAAGCAUGUGCGAGCAAGGAGGCCUACAAACCUGACUCAGUUACACCAGCUCUGUCAAGAGGAAUGGGCCAAAAUUCACCCAACUUAUUGUAGGAAGCUUGUGGAAGGCUACCCGAAACGUUUGACCCAAGUUAAAUCAUUUAAAGGCAAUGCUACCAAAUACUAAUUGAGUGUUUGUAAACUUCUGACCCACUGAGAAUGUGAUGAAAGAAAUAAAAGCUGAAAUAAAUCAGUCUCUUUACAAUUAUUCUGACAUUUCACAUUCUUAACAUAAAGUGGUGAUCCUAACUGACCUAAAACAGGGAAUUUUUACAAGGAUUAAAUGUCAGGAAUUGUGAAAAACUGAACUUAAAUGUAUUUGGCUAAGGUGUAUGUAAUCUUCCGACUUCAACUGUAUGCUGAAGCAUGGGGUUUGUCCAUCUGCAUUUACCCUAUUGGACACAACAUCCUGAUUUGUUAUUAAUGAUAAAUUUACAGUAUAAAUAAUUGUAUUAGAAGUGUGUCAUUGCCCUUUUAGGACGCCAUUGUCCCCUUUUGAGCUCUGUCGCAUAGUGAUGGGCAUUCCGAGUCUUUCAUGUGAGUCGGAUCAUUUGGCUCCAUUCACCUAAACAGGCCUUUUCAUUUGGCUCCCAAACGGCUCCUCACUGAGUAAUGCUUAGACGUUGAAAAAACAUAAAUCAAUUGUUCAUCUCUAAUUUAAAGCCUAAAACGUUGCCUACCUUUAUGUCUGAUCGUGAACUGCGAGUUCAAAGAAAUGUUUACCCGACCAAAUUAUUAGAUGGCCUGCAAUAACAAACAAUUUCCGCACUGAAAAAAUGAGCAUGGACCAACCAGAAUGAGGCUCUCUCCUCACUAUAUUGUUCCUGCACUGAGGAAUUACCAUCUUUAGAGAAUGUUUUUAUAAUUUAUUUGCAGAUAGUCGAUGUCUGGAGCUUAAAAAGCAUUAGUAACAGUAUGCAAAUCAGGGAGCCAAAUGAACGUUCCUUUCACAUAUGCGAUUCGGUUCCCGACGUUCAUCAAAAAAGAACGGCCCAUCAUUAUUGUUGCGUAGCUUCUCCUAAACAUGCUUGAAACUCCGGUUGUAACUGAAUUUGUAAAGCGAUGCCAAUCGCACAAUUGAAGGAGUAAAUAAAAAAAAUUGUAGCAAUGGAAAACUGGGACUUUUAACAAAGGCUAAAACUGCUUUCAAAGUUUUUUCCCGUGAUUGCAUUAAGAAAUGUUGUGCAUCGACUGCUUGUCAGAAUACGUUUCCCUCCCUAUGGCUCUCGCAAUUUGAAUGCGCCUCGAGAGGAUUAUUUCUCUCACAUAGAACACGCAACAACAAGCCGACUAGGUAAAUGGGUAAACUAUUCUACUACGGGUUGUCUGAUUAUUUUGUUUUAAUAACAACAUUGCAUGGCAAAAAUAGUAGCACUGGAAUGUUGCAUCUUGACCUGAGUGAUAAAGUAGAGGCUUUGAAUUACUUUGCCAGCAGCUACAGUAGGCUACACACUGCUGUUUGAGUUGAGUGCCACAGUGGUGCGCAUUAUAGACUAUUUAAUGGCUCUUCAAUGUGACAGGUUCUAGGUCUGCCAAUUAAGUACCACUACGUGGUAGGCUCCGACAAAGUUCUGGCAGCGUCAGAAUUGUUUUGCCUUUAUUGUGUAGUUUGGCUGGUGUUACGAGCCAAUCCCGGUGACUGACCAAUAGGAACACGGGCUGCACUGAAUAUGCAUACAAUAAUACGAUUAUUGUGAAUAGUCAGAUGAAUAUAAGUUUGAUUUUAACAUUUACAUUCUGUGCAAUAAUAAAUAUUUCCCUAAUAAUCUUGUUUACAUGACACAUCUGAAAUCAGGCUACUUGAUGGGAUUUUGAUAAAUGCACAAAAUCGCCAAUGAAAACAAACGUUCUACCACAACGACCAUGUUAUUUUGGGGAAGCAUAUUUUAUUCUGAGUUCGAACAUAUAACUUCGGUAUGUGAAAACAAUUUCUAAGAUGUAUAGGCCUACUUUCAGUUUUUCCGAACUCACUUCACUCGUACAUAAGCAUAGAGAGAGAGGUUUGCGCUGCUGGUGCUGGCACAAGCGCAGAUUAAAUACAUUGCUAUAGUUGACGUAGCCUACAAUGGCUGACGUAGCAUCGCAAACCAAUCGCAGAAUGUGAUGACAGAACUGGAGCAAAUCGUACGAUCUGUCCAGAUUGUUAACAAGAUUUUAAUGUGGUGACAUCGCACAGCGUGACGUGUAAUUGUAAAAGACUGAAUCCGAUGUACAGUCUGCAAAGGCCUUUAGCAUCACUGAGAUAGUUGUACUGUAGCAUGAGGUCAUAAAGACAGAUGGCGACAUGCUCACCUCUAUUGUGCCUUGCUGUACACCUCUUUCUUGAUUUGCUUUUCUUUUCUGAUGCCAAUUCCUGAAAGAGAGGUUUCAUUCGACUCCAUUGAACAAGAUACCGGUCCAGUAUAUUACCCUCCAGCAGUCUCUAAUAAUGGUCACAUUGUUGAACCAUACACUACUGUUAUACAGUCUGCUACAGUGCCUUGCAAAAGUAUUAAGCCCCCUUGGUGUUUUCCCUAUUUUGUUGCAUUACAACCUGUAAUUUAAAUUGAUUUUUAUUUGGAUUUCAUGUAAUGGACAUACACAAAAUACUCGAAAUUGGUGAAAUGAAAUGAAAAAAAUAACUUAAAUUUUUUUUUACAGAAAAGUGGUGCGUGCAUAUGUAUUCACCCCCUUUGCUAUGAAGCCCCUAAAUAAGAUAUGGUGCAACCAAUUACCUUCAGAAGUCACAUAAUUAGUUAGAUUACACACAGGUGGCCUUUAUUUAAGUGUCACAUGAUCUCAGUAUAUAUACACCUGUUCUGAAAGGCCCCAGAAUCUGCAACACCACUAAGCAAGGGCCACCACCAAGCAAGCGGCACCAUGUAGACCAAGGAGAUCUCCAAACAGUACAGAUCAGGGUUGGGUUUAAAAAAAUAUUAACAUUAAAUCCAUUAUUAAAAAAUUGAAAGAAUAUGGCACCACAACAAACCUGCGAAGAGAGGGCCACCCACCAAAAUUCACGGACCAGGUAAGGAGGGCAUUAAUCAGAGAUGCAACAAAGAUAACCCUGAAGGAGCUGCAAAGCUCCACAUCAGAGAUUGGAGUAUCUGUCCAUAGGACCACUUUAAUAAUAAUAAUAAUAAUAAUAAUAAUAAUAAUAAUAAUAAUAAUAAUAAUAUAAUAGUAUGCCAUUUAGCAGAUGCUUUUAUCCAAAGCGACUUACAGUCAUGUGUGCAUACAUUUUUACGUAUGGGUGGUCCCGGGGAUCGAACCCACUACCCUGGCGUUACAAGCGCCAUGCUCUACCAAUUGAGCUACAGAGGACCACUCCAAGACAUUUAAGCCGUAUACUCCACAGAGCUGGGCUUUACGGAAGAGUGGCCAGAAAAAAGCCAUUGCUUAAAGAAAAAAAAAUAAGCAAACACAUUUGGUGUUCGUGAAAAGGCAUGUGGGAGACUCCCCAAACAUAUGGAAGAAGAUACUCUGGUCAGAUGAGACUAAAAUUUAGCUUUUUGGCCAUUAAGGAAACUGGUCAGAAUUGAAGGAAUGAUGGAUGGCGCUAAAUACAGAGAAAUUCUUGAGGGAAACCUGUUUCAGUCUUCCAGAGAUUUGAGACUGUGACGGAGGUUCACCUUCCAGCAGGACAAUGACCCUAAGCAUACUGCUAAAGCAACACUCAAGUGGUUUAAGGGGAAACAUUUAAAUGUCUUGGAAUGGCCUUGUCAAAGCCCAGACCUCAAUCCAAUUGAGAAUCUGUGGUAUUACUUAAAGAUUGCUGUACACCAGCGGAACCCAUCCAACUUGAAGGAGCCUGAGCAGUUUUGCCUUGAAGAAAAUAUUUUGUAUCUUCAAAGUGGUAGGCAUGUUGUGUAAAUGAAAUGAUACAAACCCCCCAAAAAACGAUUUUAAUUUCAGGUUGUAAGGCAACAAAAUAGGAAAAAUGCCAAGGGGGGUGAAUACUUUCGCAAGCAACUGUACAUUAGCUUGUAACACUGUUCACUACAUUAGACUAACUUUGGCAAUAAUAAAGGGGCUGACGACUACAUCAUCCCAUAUUACAGUACACUCCAUUAGGCCCCAUUUAACUUCCUUUAGCCUGUGUGUCUGUGUGUGUGUGUGUUGCAGCUGUAAAUGAGGCUAGUCAGUGGGCAUGCCCGGUCUGGGUGUUCAUUAAUGGCCAUUAGAGUGUUGUGGGGCUCACUAUACACAGCCUUCACACUGGGAGAGAGAAGGAGCGAGGGAGAAACGGGGGAGAGAUAGAAAGGGGAGGGUGAGAGAGAGGGAAUGAGAGAUCAGGGCAUGAGAUAAAGAAAGACCACCUCCUAGUAACAGUCUGACUGCAGGUGUAGCCUACCUCUCAUUGUUGCUGAUGCCCAUUGCUGAUCCUCUUCCUCUCCUCCUUCUGUGGUUGGUCUCCAUGUAGCGAGGGGUGUAGUGGGUAACCUCUUCCAGAAACCUUCUCAAAGCGGGGAUCACACCUGGGGGUGUCGCAUUGGCGGGAGAUGUACACGUUAUUACACACACCCACGUACAUACAGUGCAUUCGGAAAGUGUUCAGACCCCUUGACAUUUUCCACAUUUUGUUACGUUACGGCCUUAUUCUAAAAUUGAUUAAAUUGUUUUUUUUCCCCUGUUCAAUUUACACACAAUACCCCAUAAUGACAAAGCAAAAACAGGUAAUAUCACAUUUACAUAAGUAUUCAGACCCUUUACUCAGUACUUUGUUGAAGCACCUUUGGCAGCGAUUGCAGCCUUGAGUCUUCUUGGGUAUGACACUACAAGCUUGGCACACCUGUAUUUGGGGAGUUUCUCCCAUUCUUCUCUGCAGAUCCUCUCAAGCUCUGUCAGGUUGGAUGGGGAGCGUCGCUGCACAGCUAUUUUCAGGUCUCUCCAGAGAUGUUCGAUUGGGUUCAAGUCCGGGCUCUGGCUGGGCCACUCGAGGACAUUCAGAGACUUGUCCCAAUGCCACUCCUGCAUUGUCUUGGCUGUGUGCUUCAGAGAUGGUUGUCCUUCUGGAAGUUUCUCCCAUCUCCACAGAGGAACUCUUUUUGGUACCCUUCCCCAGAUCUGUGCCUCGACACAAUCCUGUCUCGGACCUCUACGGACAAUUCCUUCGACCUCAUGGCAUGGUUUUUGCUCUGACAUGCACUGUCAACUGUGGGACCUUAUAUAGACAGGUGUGUGCCUUUCCAAAUCAUAUCCAAUCAAUUGAAUUUACAAUUUCGAGUCUCAUAGCAAAGGGUCUGAUUUACAUUUUAGUCAUUUAGCAGACGCUCUUAUCCAGAGCGACUUACAGUUAGUGAGUGCAUACAUUUUCAUACAAUACUUAUGUAAAUUAAGGUAUUUCUGUUUUUUAUUUGUAAUAAAUUAUGGGGUAUUGUGUGUAGAUUGAUGAGGAAAAAAUUGUAUUUCAUCCAUUUUAGAAUCAGGCUGUAACGUAACAAAAUGUGUAUAAAGUCAAGGGGUCUGAAUACUUUCCAAAUGCACUGUAGAUAAAGGCACGUUUCCAGUAGAACAUCAUGUUAUUACAAUAUUACAAUAUUGAGAAAAGGGUAAAUGUACAAAAAAAAGGUGUUAUUCUGUACUUUGAUUGUGGUUGUACUAUAUUUUCAAACGUGUUGGCGGGUUACAGUUGGAUAUCCUUGAUCUUGUAAAGUGGUUAUCCCACUGGUUAUAGGGUGAAUGCACCAAUUUGUAAGUCGCUCUGGAUAAGAGCGUCUGCUAAAUGACGUAAAUGUAAAUGUAAAUGUAUCUAGAAAAUGUGUAUUUAAAUUUUUCUUUACGACACAUCAGGUAUGACUACCAGAAACAAAUAAUGAUUUUUAAAUGAUAGACAUUUAAUCAUAGGACUGGAUUUUUUCAAAUACUGACGUUAAUUAGCUAGCUAGUUAUUCUACUCAUCAAGGCCUUUUAAUAGGAAAUCAACUUGACUGUUUACAGCUAGCGUUAGACAACUAGCUAGGAAUCGUAGCUAAGUAAGACCUCUGUCUCUCUGGUUGAUAACGUGAACUAGCUAGCUAGGUCAAAGCAAUAUAUAGCCAGAUAUUAGUAUGCUGUAGCGUUAAGAUUUCCCUUCACUGGAACUAAGGGGCCUAGCCCGAACUAUGAAAAACAACCCCAGUCCAUUAUUCCUCCUCCACCAAACUUUACAGGUGUCACUAUGCAUUGGGUAGCGUUCUCCUUGCAUCUGUCAAACCCAGAUUUGUCCGUUGGACUGCCAGAUGGUGAAACGUGAUUCAUCACUCCAGAGAACGCAUUUCCACUGCUCCAGAGUCCAAUGGCGACGAGCUUUACACCACUCCAGCCGACGCUUGGCAUUGCGCAUGGUGAUCUUAGGCUAUUGUGCGGCUGCUCGACCAUGGAAACCCAUUUCAUGAAACUCCAGACGAACAGUUAUUGUGCUGACGUUGCUUCCAGAGGCAGUUUGGAACUUGGUAGUGAGUGUUGCAACCGAGGACUGACAAGUUUUACGCGCUUCAACACUUGGCGGUCCCGUUUUGUGAGCUUGUGUGGCCUACCACUUUGCGGCUGAGCCUUUGUUGCUCCUAGAGGUUUCCACUUCACAAUAACAGCACUUACAGUUGACCGGGUCAGCUCUAGCAGGGCAGAAAUUUGACGAACUGACUUGUUGGAAAGGUGGCAUUCUAUGACGGUGCCACGUUUAAAGUGACUGAGCUCUUCAGUAAGGCCAUUCUACUGCCAAUGUUUGUCUAUGGAGAUUGCAUGGCUGUGUGCUCGAUUUUAUACACCUGUCAGCAACGGGUGUGGCUGAAAUGGCCGAAUCCACUAAUUUGAAGGGGUGUCCACAUACAUCUUGUUAUUCAUACCAUGUCUUGCUUUGAAGUGUUUUGACUGAUGUCAUGUCUAUACUAAUAUGGCAAAAAAAAUCUCUAGCUAGCUAACCAACAACUGUAACAAUGUAUUUGAGAGACAACAAGUGCUCAUUGUGCAAAUGUAUUUGUUUCCAAUAUGUGGAGAAUAAAUAUAGUUUACAUAUUGUCAACAGUCUAUGCCAACCCCGUCUAUUUUUCCCCAUAGUUGCACACAUGUCAGUUUUAGUUGCUAAACAACCAACCCGUUUAUAGCAACUAUGCAAGAAGAAUUAACGACUGGGUCGAGUCUGUAGCAACAUGACCAAAAUAACUAACAACCAGAUUUUUCACCGCAUUAUAUAUAUGAAUUUACUUAUCAAAAUAAAGUUUAGAAAAUGUAAUUUAUUGUUAUUUUGAUAUGUUGGUAACUGUUUUAUAAAAGCAAGGCACGCGAGGCAUUCACAUUUACCUGCGACUGUAUUCAGAAAAAACAUAAUGGUGGAAGUUGGGUACUGUGGUAAAUUUAUUCAUUUUAUGCAAAUGUGUGCAAAUUUAAAUAAUUAUAUAGUUCAUAAACUAGUUUUGUAAUUGUAAGACCUUUUACAGUGGUCUAGUGUCUGCGUAAACUGUUAAAGAGUUGUACCAUUUUGAAAACCAACCAUUGACAGUAAUGUUUUAUGUGAUUUCAAAUAGUUAUAAUGCACAGUAAUAAUGUUUGGUGGCAAGACUUGUGCUAUUAUCAGACCUUCCGGGGGAAAAAAACUGGAAAUUAAUACAAAAAACAGGUUUAAGUUAAAUAUUAGCUUUAAUGAGGUAGCAGGUUUAACUUAAGUUCCAUUUUAAGUUGAUUUAUUUGGCUAAAGUACAUUUUUUACCCCCUUACAUGUUUUCUCUCUCACUCAUUCCUCUCUUAGCUCCACACCUGCAAUCAUCUUCUUUUCACUUUUCUUCUUACCCUACUUUUACUGUGUGAUAAGGGGAAUGUUUUCUGAAAGGACUGCACUUGUUUUCUCAUUCUUCCCCUCCUCUUUUUUUUUUCUAAUUAAACUGUGGGGCAAGCGGGACACUACGCUAAAUUGUGGCUUGGGCUAAUAGAGAUCUCCCUCUCGCAUUCUCUCCAUCACCGAGAGCCAGAACAGCCGCUCUUUCGCUCUCUCCUUCUCUGUCUUUCUCUUCCUGUCAGCAGCUAUCAGGACCCAUUAGAUAACAAACAGCAAGGCGUUACUUUUUUCUGAUAAUUUGUUCUGCUUUCUCUCACUCACUCCCCACUCUCUCCUCUCCUUUUCUGCUUUCCAAACAAGAUAAGGCAGUUUUUUUUGCUAAUUUCUCCACUUCGCCUGCCUCUGUGUUAAUGGUUUUCAAAGCUCCAGUUAUUAUCACCGACACACAGCGGCUUAGGCAAACACAUCCACCAAGUUGGACAGGCACCUUGUGCUGGGAUACCGAAUGUUUUAUUUAUUUUGUGUCUAUUUGAGAGUUGAGGGAUGGAGGGAUAGCAGUUCGGGGUCAAUUCCAUCUCGACUCAUUCCAUUCCGGAAAUUAAUGGAUAAUCAAUGGUUUAAUUGGAGAAAUAGCCCAUUAUUUGAAAUGACGACUUGUUUCCUGCCCUAUUAUUUUUGUGAAUUUCAAUUCAUUCCUUGUCUAGUGACUAUACUAGAGUUUAAAUGGAACUGACCCCAACCUUGUACUGUAAGAGAAAGCGCUGCCGGUUUUGUAGAGUGUUAUUUAAGCAGGCUGCUGUUUCCGGAACUCAGUAAGGGAUUUAAAGAUUGUGUGUCUUAGACUAAGGCUUUAGUGUCAAUGUGUUUUUAUUUAAUUGAAUUUUUUCCACAGGAUCCAUGGCUCUAUGGAUUGUCUUUCAGAGCUGUCCUCCUCACGUCUCAACCGUCCUUUUACCAGUGAGUUUUUGGCCUUGUUUGUUCCUUAUUUAUUCAUUUAUUUACUUAAUACAAACGCUGAAUAAACUUAACGAUGAUAGAAUUUGAAUGAUGAAAAAUGCAGUAGAUAGCAUUUUAAUGACAGAAAACGCAGUUGUCGUCAUGUCACAAUUAUUUUGGGACCCUUCACAGUGUGUGUGCACGUGCAUGCAUCUGUAUUUUUGUAUUUGUGUAUGAUUGUGUGUGUACUACAUAUUUGUGAAUGUGUCUAUGUGUAUUCACACAUGUCUGUCAUUCAUUCAGGAAUCAGACGCAGCUUUAGCACGUCAACGGCCAUUGCUGCCCAGAAGGAGCCGAGCCGGAAGAGUCCUGUCAACAGGUGGCCAUUUUCUCAUAAGCACUCUUCUCCACAUUCCACGUCUCUGCAUUUCUCCUCCCUGACCGUUUUCCGCUUUCUCCCUACUCCCCCCACCACCGGAGGUAAAAUCAAUAGUGGUCAGCAAAAGUUAUCAUUUUGGGGAAUUGCCAAUGCUUGAUAGCAGGGUUAUAAUGAGUAUGAAAGCAAUCCAAGAUCAAUCCCUCUCCUUCGCGUUCCUCUCCCUCUCUCGUUUCACAUCUUUCUCUGACCCCUCUCAUUCCUUUCCUUCCUCCCCUUGUUGCUCUCUACGUUCUUCCCCGUCCAUUGUCUCACUUUUUCACGACGCCCUUUUUUCACUAUUUUUACUCUCCUUUCUCCAUCCCCUGAUUUCUUCUCAAUCUCUCUCCCUCUCUGCUACCUUACUCUGCCUCUCUCCCUCUAUACCCACCCCUCUUUUCCUCCCUCCCUCUCUCUCCACCUCUAAUCCCAUUCAUCCAUCUUUAUCUCUCCCUCUCCCCUCAGGUCACGUUCCAACUCCCACCGUCGGCGCUGGAGCACCCUGAGUGGCGGCUGGGGUCCGGGAACUGGCGGCCCAGGAAGCACCGGAGGAACCACCGCUACCACCACCACCUCCUCUGGCUCGGAGGCGUCCGUGCGUCUCCACCUGGGCAUGCAAGUGCUGCUGAGCAGCGCGAAGGAGAUGGCCCUGAUCCGCUACGUGGGCCAGGCUGACUUCGCCCCAGGCCUGUGGCUGGGCCUGGAGCUGCGCACCGCCAAGGGCAAGAAUGACGGCCAGGUGGGCGGCCGCCGCUACUUCAUGUGCCGCCCGGGAUACGGUGUGCUGGUGAGGCCCAGCCGUGUCACUUACCGCGGCAUUAACGGCGCCCGGCUCGUGGACGAGAACAGCUGA